CCCCCAGGCAUCACGAGUCCUGAGGAUGGAGCUGUAUGCCCCAGUACCCAGAAGGUAUUCACUGGCCAGAGAGCACAGCUCACAGCCUGAGGGUAGACUUUGGAGACUUGGUGCUGGAAAGACAGAAGUAGGAUAUUUAAAGCACAGGUAUCUGGAAACAAUCAGAGCAACAUGGCAGAACUUGAGAAAAGUGUUGCAAACCUCGGGGUCGGAUGCUUUGCCAAGAUCAAGAUAUGAAUAUGAAACAACGAUUUCACCUGCAAGCAACUUGUCCUCAGACAGCUUCCUGUGUAUGGAAAACAGAACCCAGACCUUAAAGCCAACACAAGACCCAGCAGAUUGUGUGAAAGAAAUUAAAUCAUUAACGUGGAUAUGUGUAAUGGUGGGCAAUUUUAUACGUGGAAUUGGUGAAACUCCCAUCAUGCCUUUGGGUAUUUCCUACAUAGAAGAUUUUGCCAAAUCAGAAAACUCCCCUUUAUACAUUGGGAUUUUGGAAGCAGGAAAGAUCAUUGGUCCUUUCACUGGACUUUUGUUGGGAUCCUUCUGUGCAAGGAUUUAUGUAGACACGGGGUCUGUGAAUACAGAUGACCUUACCAUCACUCCCACUGAUACACGCUGGGUCGGAGCUUGGUGGAUUGGCUUUUUGAUCUGUGCAGGAAUGAAUAUCCUGACCAGCAUCCCAUUUUUCUUUUUUCCAAAAACACUCCCAAAAGAAGGACUAGAGGAAAAUGAGGAUGGAACUAAAACUGACAAUGAAGAUAAAUACAAAGAAGAGUUCAAAGAGGAAAAACAUGGAAUCACUAAAGAUUUCUUGCUUUUCAUGAAGCGCCUGUCCUGCAACCCAAUUUACAUGCUUUUUAUGCUUAUAAGUGUGCUUCAGGUUAGUGCAUUUACUGAAGGAGUUACCUUCCUGCCUAAAUACCUGGAACAACAAUAUGGAAAGUCAACUGCAGAUGCAAUCUUUCUCACAGGUCUUUAUAACUUACCUCCAAUAUGUAUUGGCUAUUUAGUUGGUGGCUUUAUUAUGAAGAAAUUCAAGAUUACUGUCAAGAAAGCUGCAUACAUAGCAUUCUGCGUAUCUCUGGCUGAUUACCUUUUAUUAUUUUGUUACUUUAUGAUGACCUGUGAUAAUUUCCCAGUUGCUGGCCUAACUACCUCUUAUGAAGGAGUUCAGCAGCCUCUUGAUGUGGAGAAUAUGGUCCUCGCUGACUGCAACACAAGGUGCAGCUGCUUAACGAAAACAUGGGAUCCAGUGUGUGGAGACAAUGGCCUAGCAUACAUGUCAGCCUGUCUUGCAGGCUGUGAGAAGUCUGUCGGAACAGGAAUCAACACGGUGUUUCACAAUUGCAGCUGCAUCCACUCAUCUGGAAACUCAUCUGGAAACUCAUCUGCAGUCCUCGGGCUGUGUGACAAGGGUCGCGAGUGUGCUAACAGGCUGCAGUACUAUUUAAUCACGACCCUAAUUAACAGUUUCAUCUACUCAAUUUCAGCUCUACCUGGGUACAUGGUUCUUCUGAGGUGUAUCAAGUCUGAAGAAAAGUCAAUUGGAAUUGGAUUACAUACAUUUUGCAUAAGACUAUUUGCUGGCAUCCCAUCACCUAUUUUCAGUGGUGCUAUGAUAGACAGAACAUGCUUACACUGGGAAACUCUGAAAUGCGGUGGUCCAGGGGUGUGCAGGAUGUACGAUACAAAUAGCUUCAGGCGUAUCUACCUUGGCGUGCAUGCAGUACUAAGAGGAUCAAGCUAUCUCCCCGCAUUCUUCGUUCUAAUGCUUGUGAGGAAGCUGCAGCUCCCCGGGGAUGUUGCCUCUUCAGAAAUGGAGCCUGUAGAGAUGACACUCACAGAGAAGGAAAGCGAGUGCGUGGAUGUGCACAGAAGUCCCGAGCUUGACAAUGGUGGAGAAGUGAAAACCAAGCUGUAGUGAGUUUUCUAUUGGUCUGUGCAAGGCCAUGAAGAGAAUGCACAGUUCACUUGUUUCAUAUCAUAAGAGGUACAAUAGAAAAUCUUGUUUUAAACGCGUAAAGACUUCAAUUAUUAUUUUUGCUUAUGAUAAAAAUAUUUGCUGAUAGCAUUUUCAGAAAUUUGGGGUAGCUUUAAGAUUUUUCUUGGAAGAAUUAUUUGGAGACCCCACACUGAACUUUUAAGACUGCCUUCAUUUCCAAGGAGGAUUUGCUAAUUGCAUUUUCUUUUUUUAACUCAAUCAAAGGAAGUGUAUUUUUCUCACUUAUCUUCAAAUAGCUUAAAAGCUUUCCUAUUCCUGAAACACUUUAAUUUCACUGAGUUUAUACUUCAAUAUUAGAGAUAAUUAGAGCUGGAAAUAUGCACCCUGGUUGUGUCACAUUAAAAUAAUUUGUUCAAAUUCAUCCUUUCUACCUGCACGAUGUCUGAAUGUAUCUUUAAUGAUUUAGAAAUUGUUAACUCUCAUUUUUUAUUCUAGACUUUUGAUGCUUCCAUGAUUACACUUUUCAUUAAUGAGUCAUCUCUUAUUUUCAGUUCCGUCUUUCAUUAUUCAUUUCCCACGUUGGAUCAUCUUGCUUACAGCACUGACAGAUUUAAUCAGCUUAUUAAAUCUCAUGUAGCAAAAAUAGUUUGAACUUUUUUGUCUAGCAGUUUCAAGUUGGUCCUGAAGCUCUUUCUUGAGAAAGCCAGUCCUUUCAAGGGCCCUUUGAGGAGAUGGGGUUGUAGCUCCAUGGUACAAUACAUGAGAGGACCCAGGUUAACCCCCAAGGUAUUGUAACAUGCUGACAAAAUAAAAUAAAGUAAAAUAAACAAGACUGAACACAGUCUAUGAUAUUUUCAAAAAGCUACUUUUUCAUAUUCAGGAAGCCUUUUUUGGUCUAGUGUUCAUUUUAUUCAUCUGUCCUCAGAGCACAUGGCUAUUAUCUUUCAAAAUCAUCUUAGAGUAAAACCUUUAAAAGGAGCCAGCUAGUUAGCUCUGUGGAGAGGUGUGUUUUUCACCACACCUGGCAAGGAAGAUUUGAUCCCUGGGACCAACAUGGUAGAAGAGAACCAACUCUUGAAAGUUAUUCUUUGCAUUCUACUCAGGUACCGUGGUGUGCAUGCCUCAUUCUCCCCAAAACAGUCAAGCAAAUACAAAAACAUAUAAAUAAAAAUUAAGAAGUUUCAAUAAGAGGAUAGUCAAAAUAAUUAUGUGCAUGAGUCUUCAAAAUUGGCAAAAUAACUUUUCAAGUCAUCUCAAAAGCUUUAAUUUUUUUUUCGGUGCCUGCAAUCAGUGCUUCCACGAGGCCAUCUGUGAGGCAGUACCACCUGGGCUACUUGUCUUGUCUUCUUGGUUGUCUAGUCCUCAUGCUCUGCUAAAUAUUAACUUUCGAAGGUAUUACACAAUUGUGUAUUAAUAUCUGUAUGGACUGUGCACUGAACAUAAUUCAGUUAAAGAGGAUUUCCUGUAAAACAAAUUUUAUGUAUGCCUUUUCAAAGAAUGGCAUGAUACAUUCUGAGGAAUUUGUAGCCAAUGAUUUAUUGGCCAUGCAUAACUGAAGUUCUGGCUGAAGACUUUUUCAUGUCUCAGCCAGUCUAAGAGCUGUUCCUAUGUGGAGGGAUCAGCAAAUUAUGUUCCCUGUCCUGUUUGGUCUUCUUGAUUUCCUUCCUUCGGUCUGCAGCCAAGAUCGUCAGGGGGGUCUCCCCGGUCAAGCCUGCUUUCCAACACUCUGGAUUGAAAACAUAGGCUUUUGUUUCCUGUUGAGACAAGAGCAGUCUCCUCCACACGGCAAAAUACUUCCUGUCUUCCAUUUUGAAAUUAGGAUUAUGAUAUGCUCAUCCAUUUCAGCAGUCCCUUCUAAAAUCCAGUGUAUCUUAGCAGCUGUGCUACUUGUCUCAUUUAAUAACUUUGAGAUCAACAGAUCAUUAUUUAAUCUACGUUGAGGUGAUAGCAUAUUCUUUUUCUGUUUUGUGACCACCUUUUAAAAAAUUAUUGUUAGAUCUGUUUAUAAUUGUUUGACCUAUAGGAUUAUAAGUUAUGUCUAUAACAGGUUUCAUGUCAUAAUGUCUAAAAUAUUGUUGUAUUCCAAUGGAUAUACAUGGUGAACCGUCAGCCCCAAUUUGCAGAGGCAUCUCCACGACAGUCAUCAUUUCAUACAAAUUUGGUACUUAGAAUUAUGCUCUCCAGAAUUUAAGGCAAAUGUCCCUUGGAACUUUGAAUAUGAACCUAAGGAAUGGUGCAUAUAUUUCAGCUCUCCAAACUCUGUAAAAUGGAGCACGCAAGCCAUUGUAUGACAUUGUUCCAAGGGAAUAGCAAACAAGGUCUUCAUUUCUACCUUAGCAUAUAGACCUUCGUCCAGUAAUUGAACCUUGACAAUACAUAUACAAUAUUGUCUGACAAUGUUGACUUACAGCUGAAGCCUUUUUACUCUGAAUCUCAUUGGGGUGCCUUUCUGCAAUUUCUUCAUUCCUCUAUGGACUUUCCUCAUCUGGAUCUACCUCCUUUGGUAUUAUUGUAAGUUCCAGAUUGGAUUUCCCUGAUGGUUCCAUAUUUUGAUUCAAAGAUUCCUCCAACCUCUUUUUUUAUGGCCUAAUUUAGCAUCUAUAUUCUCAGUUUGUUUUUGUUUUUGUUUUUCUUUUUCCAAGGCUGUCUCUCUGAAACAAGAUAUGCAAAACUGGAAUUGACAUUGUAUACCAUGAGAAACAAUUGUAUGCUAAGAGAAACAAACUUAAAUGGAAUCCAGAAGUA